AUGGAUAAUCUAAUUAGUGAUCCUAUGCAAUCUCAAUGUCCUCUAUUAAUGUUUUAAGAUACAAGUCCCAGAUUAAAAGGACCUUUAUAUUAUAAAAAGCUUCACAAAAAAUCAAAUGAGUUUCUUAUAACAAACGAAACCCCCAAAAAAUGCAUAGAAAAAACUUGGAGAAUUUAAAUGAGACCAUUGCUUAUACCUGAUUUAAUGGGGAAGAGUUAAAUUUAAAUCACAAGAUAGAAAUGCAUACAUGGUUAAAAGAACCAUAGAUCUCAAAGUUGUGAUGAAAAAAUUCAUGGUUUAUAUGGAAGCAAAUGGCGAAGAUUAAUCUCUUAAGGGUUAUUCUAUGUAAAGUAGCUUCGACAUAAAUAGAUAAUUUAUCGAUUCAAAAUAUACGUGAGAGCAAUUUAACUAGUUUUGACUUUCUUUAAAUUCAAGAAAUUAAGAAGUUAACAUCUGAAGAAUAGUAAGAGAAUUUCCAAGCCAAGAGUAUCAAUAGCAAAACCAAGGAAACAAUCAGGAUAAUCAACAUUAAUCUCACUUCCUUAAUUUUAUUAAAAUGAUGCUUUAUAAAUGUUGCAUUAAUUGCACAAUGAAUGUAGAUCUGAAAUUCAUAGUCCAUUAUCUCAACUUUAUAGAUAAAAAUAGAAAACUCUUUCUCAAAUCAAUUUCGAUAACUUCUUAAAACGACCCAUACAAUAAUUUAUAAAAAAUAAGAAUCUUUCUUCAAUAUCAGAACAUAAAUCAGCCUAACCAAGUAAGAGAACUUGUAAGACGGAAUAUAGUUUAAAACGAUUUGCCAGUAUGUAGUCACUGCAUCGUAAACUUUAAAUGUCACAAGCAUAUUAAACAUAACACUGA